AUGGCGUCCGGCGGUCCGGCGCUCGAGCCGCUCGUCGACCAGGUCAUCUCCGUCAUCACCAACGAUGGCCGCAACAUUGUGGGUACGCUCAGGGGAUUCGAUCAGGCCACCAACAUUAUCCUCGACGAGUCCCACGAGAGGGUCUAUUCUAGAAAGGAGGGAGUCCAACAGCUUGUUCUUGGUCUGUACAUUAUCAGGGGUGACAACAUAAGCGUUGUGGGCGAGGUUGACGAAGAGCUGGAUUCAAGAUUGGAUAUGUCGAAGCUAAGGGCGCACCCACUGAAGCCUGUUAUCCACUGA